AUGAUUUUUAAUUUGAAAAAAAAUAAAAAAAAUGAAGAUGGGUCAACUAAGGAUAAUAGUAAGAUAAAUAAUACUACUAGCGGAAAUGAAAAAAAAGAAAAAAGUAAUAAAUGGUACAAUAAAAUUGUAAAUAAUUCAACAAAAAAAGAUAAAAAUAAUAAUGAUAAUAUAAUAUAUGAUGAUGAUGAUCAAGUUAGAGAAACUGGACAUAAUUUUAAGGAAUAUGAAUUAGAAGACCAAUUAAAAGAAACUCUAAAAUCAAUUACUGCAUUAUCUAUAAAAGUAAAGGAAUAUGAAAAUAAAAUAGAAGAAUUAGAAAAUGAAUUAAAAUUAGAAAAAGAAAAACAAAUUAAUAAAGAAUAUGAAAAAGAGUUAAAUGAAAAAUGUGAAUUUAUAAAAAGAGAAAUGGAAUUGUUAAAGGAAAAAGAAUUAAACAUAAAUAUAAAAGAAAAUAAAAUAAAUAAUAAAGAAAUAAUAACAUUAAAAAAAGAAGAAAAAUUAAAUGAUAUAGAAAAUGAAUAUAUUGAAAAAAAUAAAGAAAAAGAAAAAUUAAAUUAUGAAAUUACAAAUAUAAAAAUGUCUUUAGAUAAAUUGAGUUGUGAAAUUCAAGAAAAAAAAGAAAAUUUAGAAAAAAUAAAUAAAAAAGUUGUAGAAAAAGAAAAUAAUUUAAGAGAAUUAAAAGAAUUUAUGAAAGAAAAAAAUGAAAUUAUUGAAUCAUUAAAUAAGACAAUAGAUGAUAAAAAAAAUGCUUAUGAAAAAUUGGAAACAAAUUUUGAAGAAAAAAGAAAAAUGAUUGAAAUGUUGGAUAGUAAAUUAAUAGAAAAAGAAAAAAAAUUUGAGAUCAAAAAGGAGAAGCUUGAGAAGGAAAAUGAGGUAAUUAUGGAAAAGUUAAAAGAUAUUGAAAAUAAAGAAGAACAUUUUAAAAAUAAAGAAGAAAAAUUUAAAAAUAAAGAAGAAAAAUUUAUUAAUUUAGAAAAUGAAUUGAAUAAACUUAAAAGUGAUUUGUCAAAAAAUGCAUGUCAAAUGGAAAUAUACAAAAUGGAGAUAAAAGAUUUGAGCCAAUCGUUAGUUGAAAAGGAAAGAGAAAUAUUUGAAAUAAAAAAUGAGUAUGAUGAUAAAAUAAAUAAUAUGAAAAAUAAAUUGUCUAAUUUUAACAAUGAUGAUAAUGAUGAUAAUACAGUAAAGUGUUCUGAAGAAAUUAUAAAUAAAAAAAUAGAAGAAGCAGUAAAUAAAUUAAUAAAAGAAAAAGAAAUGGAAUUAAAUGAGAUACAUAAAAAAUAUAAUCUUGAAAUUGAAAAAAUAAAAAAUGAAAUAAAUGAAAAAGAAAAAGAGUUAGAACAAAAUAAAAAAAAACACAAUAUUGAAAUAAAUGAUUUGACAAAAGAAAUACAAAUAAGAGAAAAAAAAAUAGAAGAUGUUAAAGAAGAAUAUAAAAUUGAAUUAAGCAAAUUAGACAGCGAAAAGAAUAAUAUAAAAAUUGAAAAUAACGAAUUAAAUAAUGAAGUGAAUUCACUAAAUAAUGAAGUGAAUUCACUGAAUAAUGAAGUAAAUUCACUGAAUAAUGAAAUAAAUUCACUAAAUAAUGACAAACAAACAUUAAGUAAAAAUAAUAAAUUAUUAAAUGACCUUAUUAAUAAUUUAAAAAAUGAAAUAAAUAAUUCAGACAAUAAAAUGAAUAAAAUGAAAGAAGAUAUAAUUAUGUUAAAUGAAGAAUUAGAAGGUAAAUGUGUUGUAAUUGAUGAAAUUGAAAAAAAAUAUAAAAAUGAAAUAUUUAUUUUUGAAAAAAAAUUAAAAGAAAAAGAAAAUUAUGAUGAUUUAAAUGAUGAAAUAAAUAUCUUAAGAAAUGACAUAUCUGUUAAAGAAAAAGAAUUUAUUGAAAUGAAAGAAUUUUAUGAAAAUAAGAUAAAUUUAUAUAAUAAAAAUUUUGAAGAAAAAACAAAAUAUUAUGAAAAUGAGUUAAACAUUUUACGUUUAAAAUAUAAUAAUGAACAAGAUUUGAUUAAACAAAUAGAUGAAUUAAAUAUACAAAAAUUAAAAACAGAAGAAAAAUAUUUACAGUUAUAUGACGAUAAUAUUAAGAUGUUUAAGUCGAUUUGUGCCAAAAUAAAUACCACAUAUUCUGAAAACAUCAAAGGUUCUGAUCUUGUAAAUUUUGUGGAAGCAUAUAUAAAGCACAGAGACGAAUCUCGGUUCGAUGCAAAUUCAGAAAGCGGCAUCAAAGAGGUGGUGGCCGAAUUGGAAGAGAAGCAUAGAGAAGAGGUGAGUAGAAUAAGAGAGGAACAUAAAAAAGAGGUGGUUAGAAUAGGAGAGGAGCAUAAAGAGGAGGUGGUUAGAAUAGGAGAGGAGCAUAAAGAGGAGGUGGUUAAAAUAGGAGAGCAGCACAGAGAAGAAUUGGGUGAAAAAGAAGAGGAGCAUAAAAAAGAGGUGGCUAAAAUAGGAGAGCAGCAUAAAGAGGAGAUGGUUAGAAUAAGAGAGGAGCAUAAAAAAGAGGUGAGUAGAAUAAGAGAGGAACAUAAAAAAGAGAUGGCCGAAUUGGAAGACGGGCGUACAGAUGUUGUGGCCGUGUUAGAAGAGGAACAUAAAAAAGAGGUGGUUAGAAUAGGAGAGGAGCAUAAAAAAGAGGUGAGUAAAAUAGAAGAGGAGCAUAAAAAAGAGGUGAGUAGAAUAAGAGAGGAGCAUAAAAAAGAGAUGUCCGAAUUGGAAAAAAAGCAUGCAGAUGUUGUGGCCGAGUUAGAAGAGCAACAUAAAGAAGAGGUGGUUAAAAUAGGAGAGGAGCAUAGAGAGGAGGUGAGCAAAAUAGAAGAGGAGCAUAAAAAAGAGGUGAGUAGAAUAAGAGAGGAGCAUAAAAAAGAGGUGAACAUGUUAGAAAAAAGACAUGCAGCUGUUAUGACCGAGUUAGAGGAACAUAAAAAAGAGAUGUCCGAAUUGGAAAAAAAUAGUGCAGAUGUUGUGACCGAAUUAGAAGAGAAGCAUAGAGAAGAACUGGGCAAAAUGGGAGAGCAGCACAUAGAGGAGAUGGGUAAAAUAGAAGAGAAGCAUAGAGAAGAAGUGAGUAGAAUAGAAGAGCAGCAUAAAGAAGAGGUAGCCGAAUUGGAAAAAAAACAUACAGAUGUUGUGGUUAUGUUAGAAGAGCAGCAUAAAGAAGAGGUGAACGUGUUAGAAAAAAGACAUGCAGAUGUUGUGGUUGUGUUAGAAGAGAAGCAUAGAGAGGAGGUGAGUAAAAUGGGAGAGCAGCAUAAAGAGGAGGUGGCCGAGCUUGAAAAAAAUAAUGCAAGUUUGUUAGAUGUAAUAGAAGAAAACCAUAAGAGUGAGGUGAGCAGAUUGAAAGAGGAACAUAAAGAAUCUACAAGAGAGUUAGUAGAAACAUUAUCGCAAAAAAAUGAAGAAAUACAAAAUUCAAAUAAUAAAAUUGAGGAACUAACAAAUGUAAUAAAAGAUUUAAAUGAUUCUAUAAUGUGUUAUAAAAAAAAGAUAUCAGAAGAUGUGGAAAAAAGAAAUGAAUAUAAUGAAGAAAUACAAAAAUUAAAUAAAAGACUAAAUGAAAUGAAAGAUAAAAGUGAUAAGGAAAUAAUAAAAAAGGAAGAUGAAAUAAAAAAAUUAAAUAAAAAAAUUUCAAAUUAUAAAAUUUUUGAAAUAAAAGAAAAUACAUAUAAAAAUUCUAAAAUGUUAAUUAAUGAAAAUAAAGAAGAAAUUAUAGUAGACAAUAUAUGUAAAGAAAAAAUAUCUGAAUCAGAUAUUGAAGGAAAAGGAAAAAAUUUAAAAAUGAUUUUAUCAUUAAAAAAAAAAGAAAGAAGUGUAUUUUCGGUAAGUGACAAUAAAAAUGAAAAUAAUGAAUUAGUUGAUAUUGUAAGAAAUACAUAUAUUAAUAAAAUCGAAGUGUAUAAAAAAGAAAUAAAGGAUAAUAAUAAAAAUAUGGAAGAUUUGAAAAAUAAAAUAAUAGAUUUGAGUAAUGAAUUGGCUAAUUUAAAAAAUGUAAAAAAUGUACUAACUGAAGAAAAUGAUAAUUUAAGGAAAGAAAUGGAAAUGAAACAAAAUAAAGUUAAUGAGAAUGAUGAAAUUUUAAAUCUUAAUGAUGAUAUUAUAAAAUUGACAAAAGAAAUUUCCGAAUGGAAAGAAAAAAAUAUAAAAUUAGAAAACGAUAUAGAACAAAUUAACAAAGAAUAUAAAAUAAAGGAAGAAAAUCUUAUGAUAAAAAUUAAUGAAAGUAUAAAUGAAGUUAAUAAUUUAAAAAAUCAAAUAGAAAUUGAAAAAAAAAAAAAAGAAAAUUUGAACACAUCAAAUGUUAAUAAUAAAAUAGUGGAAAAUAAUAUCUUAGAAAAUGGAAAUUUGAAACAAAAUAAUUCAAAUAAAGAAAUUGAAGAUAAGACAGGUAAUGAUGAUGAUAAUGAUGAUGAUGAUAAUGAUGAUGAUAAUGAUAAUGAUAAUAAUAAUGAUAAUAAUGAUAAUGAUAAUAAUGAUAAUAGUGAGGAAGACAAUCCUUAUAGUAAAGAAAUUUUAUAUCUAAAAGAUGAAAUAAAAAAGAUUAGUAUAUUAUAUGGUGAAGAAUUAAAUAAAAAUAAUAAUUAUGAUGAAAAAAUAAAAAAUUUAACUAACGAAUUGAAUGAAUUAAAAAUAAAAAAUAAAAAAGGUGAAGAAGCAAUUGUUAAGUUAAAUAAAAUAGAAAAUAUUAAAAAAAAUAAUAAAAAUGUAAAACAAGAUAAUGAAUUAUUAAAUAGUAACAUUAUUUUAAAAAAAGGAGAUAAAGAUACAGAUUAUAUAUGUGACUAUGAUGAAAUGAAAAAAAAAUGUCAAGAAGAAUUAUUUUUAAAAUUAAAAGAUAAAGCAUAUUUAUUAGAUAAUAUUAAUAAUUUAGAAAAAAAUAAUUUUAGAGUAAUGAAUAUUAUAAAAGAAAAUAAUAAUAUAUAUAAUGAUAAAAUUGUAGGAAUAUAUAAUUUUUUUAAAAAUUGUGAAAAAGAGAUAAAAAAUGAUAUGUUAGUUAUUUGUUUAGUUUUAAAAGAUAUUUUAAGUGUAUUAUUUUUAAAUGAUAAUUUUGUAAAUUUUUUUGAAAAAAUUGAUAAAAUAUUGUGGAAACAAAUGUAUAUACCAAAAGAAAUAAAAAUAUUAUUAUUACAAUAUUUUAGCUUUUUAGACAAAUUAAGAAAUUAUGUAAAAUGUGUAAAUAUAAAAUAUAAGAAUAAUGAAAGAUAUGAAGAGUCUUGGGCUUUAUUUCAAACUUAUUUAGAAACAGGUAAUAAUUUAAAAAAAGAAAUGAUCUAUUUUGUUUUGGAAAAAGCAGAAAAUGAUUAUUGUGAAAAUAGUAAUGCCAGUUUUAAUAAAGAAAAAAUAACAGAUAUAUUAAAUUUUUCAAAAGAUAGUAUUAGACUUAAAACAAUUGCACAAUUACGAAAAGAAUUAAAAUUUGAAAGAGAAGCAAAAAAUAUCUUGAAUUAUGAUUAUCAUUUUAUUUUAAAUAAAUAUCAUGAGUGUUUGAGAAAAUUAAAAAUUGUGAAAAAUAUGGCAAAGGAAUUAGAUUUUAGUUAUAAUGUAAAUGGUAAAUUUUCUAUUAAAAAAGAGUUGGAAAUAUAUUCAAAUGAAAAUAAUGAAUUUGAAUAUGAUAAGAUAAAAAAUAAUGAAGAAAAAAAUGAUAACAUUAAGGAUUCUAAAGAGAAUAAUUUAAUUCAAAAAAUAAUUAAUUUACAAAAAAAUAAAAAAAUUGAAAAAAAAAAUAAUAAUUUUGGAAAUGAAAUAAAUACUAUGUAUCCUGGUGAUACUAUCUCAAAGGGAAAAAAUUUCAUCACAAAUAAUAAUUCGAAACAAAAUGAAAAACUUAAAAAAAAAGAAAAUAUUAUUAAUAAUAACAUAAUUCACAAUAAUGUUUAUCCAGAUCAAAUUAAAAAUAUUUUUAACGAAACUGUAGAAAGGAAAGUUAAGAUAAGUUUUGUUCACAAAAGUCCAUUUAGCUGA